AUGAAGCAUUCGCUCUUCAUCAUCGCGUUCGUCGUCAUGGCCGCGGUCAACGUCUCGGCUCUCCCCGCCGACGCGAUUGAGCCCACUUCGGAAAUUAUGCCAUACGCCCUAAGGCCUCCGUCUGAAGGGUAAGUUCUUCAGAUCUGGACUAGAAGGGCCCCAUCUUUUAGUUGAAUCUUCGCUUACUUCUCCCCACCCCAUCAAUUGCAGUUAG